AUGUCCUGGCAGCGGGAACCUCUGUCUCCUAGCAGCCCCAGGCCCAGACGAGCUGCUGGCUGGCACUCGCAAGCUCAGGCAGCUCAGAGUCCUCUGGCAGAAUAUCCAGAGCAAGAUCACCACCACCACCACCACCGCCGACCUCAUCGCGACCCGUCCCACGGUCACAACAGCCAGCCUCACUACGAGGAACCCUACCUCGAACCUGGAGAGAUACCAGACCAUCACUACAACCGUGACAGGCGAUUUGCGAAUUCUCCGCUUCCUGAUACGCAUCAGCAUCCUCACGACCGCAACACAUUUCGGCCUCCUUCACCUCGCCCUCAGCCGCGAUUACUUAGUCAGGAACAGCUCUUCGCUCAGUCCCGUGGCUUGCCCGUUGUAACACACCCUCAGUCAUCUCUGCCUUCUCAUCGUGGCUUCGAUCUGGACCAACAGGGCCCCUACGAGCAACGCAAUCGCGGCAGGGAGUUGUUCCCAACUGCGGACAUGGAUCGAGAUUCUAGAAGUCGGAGGUACGAUGACGGAGAAGUCACUAGAUAUGGCGCUGGGGAAUCGUAUCGACCCUUUAACGGAGGCGCCCGCUCACCACCUCCACCGCGAGGCGCACGCUCACCACCUCCUCCGCGCCGUGCUAGAAGCCCUGUCAGAGAGCGUCGUAGCCCACCGCCUCUAGACAGCGAUCGCUAUAUCCCAAACAACGCAGCACGACGACGCUCGCGCAGUCUAGACCGCGGAGAUCGCUACAGACGUGAGCCAUCGCGGGACAGACGAGACCUACGGGACAUCAGAGACACAAGAGACGCGAGAGAUACAAGAGACACUAGCGGCGAUAGCUGGAGAGCCGGCGACAGAAGUGGCAGUCUGCGCAGAAGCCCCCCGCGACGUGCCUCCCCUCCGCGACGACCCUCUCCUCCGCGACGAUCCUCCCCUCCUCGGCGUAGUCCGCCCAGGAGAGGUUCGCCGCCGCGUAGGUUCCCCGCGAGACGAGACGACAUUGCGGAGCGGGAUGAGAAUCUGAAUCUGAGACGGGAUGAUAACAGAGAUCGCAUGCGAUCUCCUCGAAGAGGCUUCGAGUCAAGGUUCUGCCCACCACCCCAGACAGACAACCCGAACCUCAUUCCCCUAACAAAUCUACCCUACAGGCGAAGAUCCAGAUCUCCGUUCGACAGAGAUCGUGGUGGUCGAGACGGAUCGCCUCCCCGGCGUUCACCGUUGCCGGUCCAGCGGCCCAAUGCGUACAGAGGCCGCUCUCGCAGCACCGAACGGCGCGAAAAUGAUCGCUAUGUGUCGGCGUAUCCCAGACGCCCCUCACCUCCUCGUGACUCUGCCAUGUCAUCUGCAAUCCAUUCCGGCAACACGUCCAGGAGGUCCUCACCUCACCCUAUGCCUCCUCGACGAGAUGAUCGCUCACGCCCGCAAUCCCCUAUUCCCUCCAGACCGCUAUCGAGAUCUUCAUUUGGUGGUCCUGUCAGGGACAGAAGCCCCCAGAGAGCACCGCAGGAGCCCCUGUCAACGCAUCAGCGUUCUCCUCCGCGUGGUCCUGCUGCUCUUCGCGCCCCUCCGACAGGACCGCGAGACGCCCGCAGCUAUGGAGGUCAGUCUGCUGCUGCGAUAGGUCCGCCUGCCAGACCAGCUCCUCUGCCUGCUGCGGUCCCGAGUCGCCAAGACGUGACCAGCCCUGGAGUCCCGCCCUCAGGACCUCGAGGCUACGUCGCCCCCCGUGGAGGUGGUUUCAGUCGCGGUGGACGUACAGCAUCAGGUUGGGGCAAUCCUAUCCAGAGCCGCAACCUACCACCUGCUGCAGGUCCUGCCUCGGCAGCAGCGACCACUGGCGCAAACAACAUUCCUACAGGCCCUCGAGGCAGUGUAAGCUCUCAGUCGGUGCCUUCCACACCUGUCGGCCACUCAAAGCCUUUCAAUCCACCCAAGGGUCCUGCCGCCGGAAGCAACCGACCGAGCUUGGGUCAACUUCUCCUAUCCCAGGGGCCGCAACUCAUCCCGGGCGGCCAGAUAGAUCCGGCCUACUUACCGAUGACUACAGGUGUUCUGCCUGAACUUCUACCUCACUAUCAGCAACUGCAGGAGGAAGAGGAAGUAAUUCGGAAGCAGAAAUACGUCAUGGAGGAGAAGUUGCGCCACAACCUUGCCUCCUGGGACAAGGGUCAGCGCGAGCUCAAGGUGCUAAAACUGCGCACCGACCUCGCUGAGGCUACUCUCAAGAAAUCUGUCGGCGAUGAUAUUAAUGGUACUGGGUUUUAG